AUGAUGAGCCCUUGGGUUGACCCAACAAAACUUAUUCGGAAGCAAUGCCUAGUGGGUCCGCCUUACCGAUUUAUUAUGCAAGUAAAAUUUUUCUCUGCGGAACCUCAAAAGCUGCGUGAUGAAUAUACUCGUUAUCUCUAUGUUCUCCAAAUAAGAAAACAGUUGGAGCAGGGAACCCUUCAGUGCACAGAUGAUCAGAUAGCCGCUGAAUUGGCUGCAUUCCUUCUUCAA